AUGCGUGCUCGCAUACCCUCUGGGUUCAAGAAAGUGCCAUCCGAGGUAUACAGCGCGGUCUUCCGAGAGAUCGGCGGCACGAAGAGGGCUUUUGAUGACAAGAUGUGGCGGUCUCGCAAACUUGCGAGGGUUUUCAACGACAAGUACCGAGGUCUUUUGCUUUUCAUCUGCUUCGACAACGAAGGCCCUUCAACUAUUUCGGCUUUUACGAAGAUGUCUGAUGACGAUGUUACGGAACUUCACAUGACUAUUGACAACGACAAACGGGCAGGUGCACUGGCCCGCAUUGGUAAUGAGUUCUUGGGCUGUAUUUUGAAAGACACUGCUUUCCGUAACGGAGUUUGGGCGGAUCUUCCUUGCCAACAACUCGAAGAGAUGGACGACGAGGGUUUGUUCGACUUG